AUCGUAGAGAAACAAGUUGCUGAUGCGAUCGACAAACUCCCUGGUGAUAAAUCUGGAGGCACUACGGGUCUCUCGCAUGAUUUUUACAAGGACUUCAAGGAUGAGAUGGCGGAAUACUCGUCAAUCUGCGGCGCGAUUCAGAAGGGUGCAGCGGUACCGAGCUCGUUCCUUGACGCCGUGGUUGUUCCACUCCGGACGAAGGGAGACUCAAGAAAUGCAAUGGACUAUCGUCCAAUCUCUCUGCUCAACACAGCUUACACAAUCCUAGGCAGAAUUUAUGCGGAACAGAUCCAUCUAUUUCUCCCACGGAUAAUCAGUUUGGCUCAACAAGGGUUUGUGCGGGGCAGGCUCAUG